UUCAAAGCUUUGGAGGCCUUCCAAGCUAGGAAUGAUGAUGUACUUCUGGCAGGAUACUGCAAAUCUGGUACCAACUGGGUUGGCCAGAUUGUUACCGAUUUAGUAAUAACAUCUGCAAAGAAAUAUGAACCAGAGAAGCUGAAUGAAAAACUUCUCCUAGCAGAAUUUCCCUAUCUCGAAAUAGGAGAUACUGAAAAGUAUAAGAGGAUGGAUACUUAUCCUUCCAGGAGAGUGAUGUUUACUCAUCUCCGUCCUGAUAGAUUUCCACCAUCUAUUUUCAAGAACAAAGCCAAAGUACUGCUGCUGAUUCGAAAUCCAAAAGAUGUUGCUGCAUCUUUUUUCCACUUUUCAAACAACUUCAGUCCUUAUCCUCCCUACGAUACAUUUGAAGAAUUCUUCCGAGCUUUUAUGAUAGGAAAAAUGCCGUGGGGAUCCUAUAUAGAGUAUCUUUGCACAUGGAACAAGUAUAUUGAUAAUGAAAAUGUCCUGCCAAUAACAUAUGAAGAAAUAAAAGAGAACUCAGCUUUAGGAGCCAAAAAGAUUUCCACAUUUUUUGAAUUGAACUUAAAUGAGGAAGACUUUCAGGGUGUUGCAGAAAGGAGCACAUUCAAAGUGAUGAAAGAAAAAUCUAAAACAACUCAUGGAGAAGCUGGUGAAGCUCUUUUCCGGAAAGGUGGAGUAAGUGACUGGAAAACACUUUUUAGUGAAGCGAACAACAAGGAGAUGGACACAGUAUUUAAAGAGCGCUUAGAAGGAACCAAAGUGGGAAAACUGAUAAACUAUGAUCAUUACUGCAAGGCAUGAAGAUCCAGGAAAAGAAGCUAACAGCUAUCAUUCUUAGAUGAUUCUAUUCUCAGAAACAAGGCAUUCUAUUUACUUGUAAUAAAUGUAUGAUUUUUAUGUAA